CUUAUUAUCAGUAAAAAAAAACACAAAACGUUUAAGAAAUUUAUUUAUUUAAUAUGGCUAUUAGAUAUAAAUUGCUAGAAUUUGAUAGUAGAAGAAAGGUUGUCAUAGCGGCAGCCAUAAUAUCUGUAAGUGUAAUAAUUUUAAUAAUAACGUGUGUAUUAGUUUUUGGGGAAAAAAAGGUAACAGACAGUAGCAGUAGUAACGGUGGACGAGGCAGUGAUACAAAUAAUACUGGUUCUUGCGAAAUUCUUUCUUCGACUCCAAACUCACCACUGCUCAUUUAUUCCGGAACAACCACACUAAUAUAUCCAGUACCGGCAUCGAAUACAACAACAAUUCCUCACAACCAAACCAUAGACUUGUCAUGUCCAGGAAAUCAAGUUAGAAUCGGCCAGAACCAGUUCGGUCCGCUUGUAACUGUUACUUGCAAAAAGGGUGAUCUGUUUAUCGUAGGUGGUACUGAGGUGCGGUUUACAAAUGCAUCCUGUUCCAGAAGAGUUAAUCCAACAGUUAAACAACUUUUUAUUCAAGAUAUUCCAGAAAAUGAUACCAUAAGCGAUUGCUACAAGAUUAAGGAUAUAAACGUUACUAUAGGAAGUAUUGGUUUUACCAUAGAUCAAAAUCGCAGUUUAAGUUUUAUUAAAAUUUGUUUUAAUACUGACAGCAGAAUUGCUUUGUAUUCCUACUAUGAAUUAACAGCAGCCAUAAAUUAUCGUGCUAAAAAUGUUUCUACUGCCAGUUUUAGACAAGAUGAUAUAUUUUAUAGAAUGGCAGUUUCAAAUGCCCAACUAUACAAUAAUAAUCAAAUCACUACUCUAAAUAGAAUUUUGGGUCUUGAUGCUACUUCUGAUAAAUAUAUUAAUAAUAAAACAUUUAUAAGCAGAGGCCAUUUGGCUGCCAAAAGUGAUUUUUACUACGCCAUGUUACAGACUGCCAGUUACAGAUAUAUCAAUGUUGCUCCACAAUGGAGUACUCUUAACGGAGGUAACUGGAACCAAAUCGAAAUCGAUGUUAGAAAUUACGCCAGUAAUAACAAAACUAACCUGCAAACAUGGACUGGAACAUACGGAAUAGCAUCUCUUCCAAAUGUAGACAAUAUUACUGAAAAUUUAUAUCUAUAUGUAGUAGAAACAGAUCGUAGAAAUUCCCCAUGUUUUCCGAUACCAGCUAUAUUUUGGAAAUUAGUUUAUGAUCCUUUAAGUCAAAAAGGUAUCGUCCUUAUUGGACAUAAUAAUCCGCAUGUUAACGUUACGGAAGAUAGUCAAAAAGUUUGCGAUAUAGACGUUUCCGGUAGGGUGACUUGGUUGAAUUGGGAUAAAAAUAAUAUAAUCAAAGGGUAUAGUUAUGCUUGUUCUUACAAUGAUAAUAGGUUUCAAACCACUGUUUCGUAUGUGCCGAAAAUUGUUGUAAAAGGGCUAUUAGUUUAAUAUACUAUGUUUGUAUUGAAUGAUUUAUUACGUUUUUUGUAGUUAUAAACUUUUAUAAUAAAAUUAUUAGAAGUA